GCCAACAACAAACCAGAGAUCGAAGCAGCCCUGUUCCUGGACUGGAUGAGGCUGGAACCACAGUCCAUGUCCAUGGUAUGGCUGCCUGUCUUGCACAGGGUGGCUGCUGCUGAGACCGCCAAACACCAAGCGAAGUGUAACAUUUGCAAGGAGUGCCCAAUUAUUGGAUUCAGGUACAGAAGUUUAAAGCACUUUAACUAUGACAUCUGCCAAAGUUGCUUCUUCUCUGGCCGUGUGGCAAAAGGUCACAAAAUGCACUAUCCCAUGGUGGAGUACUGCACACCAACAACUUCAGGAGAAGAUGUCCGUGACUUUGCCAAGGUACUAAAAAACAAAUUUCGAACAAAAAGAUAUUUUGCAAAGCACCCACGAAUGGGCUACCUGCCUGUGCAAACUGUCUUGGAGGGAGACAACAUGGAAACUCCUGUUACUCUGAUCAACUUCUGGCCAGUAGAUUCUGCGCCUGCCUCGUCCCCUCAGCUUUCACAUGAUGAUACUCAUUCACGCAUUGAACAUUAUGCUAGCAGGCUAGCAGAAAUGGAGAAUACCAAUGGUUCUUAUCUAAAUGACAGUAUUUCACCUAAUGAGAGCAUAGAUGACGAACACUUGUUAAUUCAGCAUUACUGCCAAAGUCUGAACCAGGAGUCCCCACUGAGCCAGCCCCGAAGCCCUGCCCAGAUCCUGAUUUCUCUGGAGAGUGAGGAGAGAGGUGAAUUGGAGAGAAUCCUCGCAGACCUGGAGGAGGAAAACAGAAACUUGCAAGCAGAGUAUGACCGUCUGAAGCAACAGCAUGACCACAAAGGACUGUCUCCACUGCCGUCCCCCCCGGAGAUGAUGCCAGUUUCUCCACAAAGCCCCCGGGAUGCUGAGCUCAUUGCUGAAGCCAAGCUGCUUCGCCAGCACAAGGGCCGCCUGGAGGCCAGGAUGCAAAUUCUGGAGGAUCACAACAAACAGCUGGAGUCACAGCUGCACAGGCUGAGGCAACUGCUGGAGCAGCCACAGGCAGAUGCCAAGGUGAAUGGUACAACACUGUCAUCUCCUUCUACCUCUUUGCAGAGGUCAGACAGCAGUCAGCCAAUGCUUCUUCGUGUAGUUGGCAGCCAGACUUCAGAAACCAUGGGCGAGGAUGAGCUGCUCAGCCCUCCCCAGGACACAAGCACAGGUUUGGAGGAAGUGAUGGAGCAGCUGAACAACUCCUUCCCCAGCUCCAGAGGAAGAAAUGCCCCUGGAAAGCCAGUGAGAGAG